AUGACCAAUUUGAAGGAGCUUUUCAUCAAGGUCGGCCAGGAUUAUCCGCAGGACAUCCUAGAAGGCUGCCCCUUCAAGCUACACUCCUUCUCGUGGUAUCACGAGAUCGAGGGGGCUGACUUUGCGAACCUUAGGUCAUUCCUCGAUGAGCAGGAUGAGCUCCGGCACUUACAGGCUGAUUGGACCUAUCAAGCCCAUGGCAUCGGACCUUCAAAGCCAGUCGUACUCCCACCUUCUGUUUGCCCAAAGUUGGACCAGCUCACUGGUAACCACGGCAUCAUCGAGAUGGUCCUCCCUCAUCGAAGGCUGCGCACGUUAGUGUGGGAUACUCUUUUGGGAGACCCCAAAACAUCCUUCAAACACUUAGCCAAAGAACUUAGCCACAUUGAGGCAUUCUCCUGCUAUGAGAGCCCAAACACUAUGACACCACCUCUAUCAGAAUACAUCCCUUACUUUCAGAAUUUGAAGUUCUGCCAAUUGUAUCUCGACAGGGCGUCGGAACUAGAGGUCGUGUAUCAACUUCCCUCGUUGGUUGGCAUAGUUGUUGCCGGGCGAUUGAAUUCUAUCGGGCCUGAAUGGAAGGGGCUGGUCAAGGUUUUCGAACGUUGCCAGAAGCUGCAAUUCAUCGACGCAUACACCGACGACAGCGUCACCCGCUCGUGGAGGACUCCCCAACGGUUUAAGCGAUGGUCACGUCCGAGCAUGUUGGCCUUCGACUCCGCUUCGUUCACUCCGCCGGACGUGGUAGACUAUAGUGCGAUGGACAUAACAGAUCACAUCCAACUUUGGAAGGCACGAAAGGUGUUCCAGUGA